AAGACAACAAAAAGUCUACAAAUGUUCAUGUUACUUUUACUUUAGUGAUUAGUCUCACCAAUUCUCACCCGCUUUAUUGGACCUCGGAUUGAAGUCACACAGCUUACCAAGCCGUGCAACACUGCUCCGCAAUUGCCGUUGACUUCCUGUUUGCCUCGGGGUUGAGAACUUCCCAUUCUCACUAAAACUGUUACUGCCAAUAAUAAAGCAUAACCCAAUGCCUGGUGAAUCAAUGGCGAGUACAACGAAUACCUCGUCUGGGCUGUGGAAGCCGACACAGUUGCAGCAAUUGUAUUAUGGAUCGGGUUCCGUGUCGAAGCAAUUAGUCAAUGCCCUUCCAUCACCGAAGUCGAAAGCUUUCAUCAUAACCGGUUCUUCGCUGGCUACGAAGACCGGCCUCAUUAAACAGGUUGAAAGCUUGCUUGGUGCGAACCAUGCCGGGACAUUUGCGGACAUCAAGCAGCAUGCUCCCGUAGCUCAACUGGACCAGGCAACCGACCGUGUGGUCGAGGAUCCGAAUAUCGACACAAUCAUCAGUGUCGGCGGCGGGAGCCCGAUCGAUUCGGCUAAGGCAAUUUCUUACCGUGUGAACGAGAAGCUGGGAAAAUACUUGUUCCACAUCACUAUUCCCACGACGCUAAGUGCUGCGGAAUGCACAAUGAAUGGCGGCUACUCCAAUGAACACGGCCUCAAGAUAGCCGUCAGUGAUCCCGCACUGGCACCCCGUGUGGUCAUAUAUGACUCUAUAUUCGCUCUGGAGACACCGCCACGACUCUGGAUUUCCACCGGCUUCCGCGCAAUCGACCACGCCGUCGAACUCAUGUAUCAUCCAAAUGCGACGGAGAUUCCUGCUCGCCAGAUGUGUCUAUCAGCGAUCUCAACUUUAUUUACAUACCUCCCGAAGUAUAAACAAGAUCCUCGCAACGAGGAGACCAUCACGCACCUUCAACUCGGCGCCUUUGCCUCGCUCGGAUUCCUGGGCCUUAAUGUCUCUGGCCCACUCGGCCUUAGUCAUGUCCUCGGCUACGCACUCGGCUCACCAUACUCCAUCCCCCACGGCUUCACGUCAUGCCUGACGCUUGGUCACGUUGUACAGCUAAAGGCAGAGUCUAACCCCGCGGACGCAGCCCAGAUCGCCAGAAUGCUCCCUUACAUUGGGCGCCCACGCAGUGGGGAUGACAUUGCCGAUGCGAAAGCCGUAGGGAAGGCCAUAUUAGAUCUGGUCGAGUCGCUAGACCUCAAAACCACAUUAAAGGACUGGAAGGUGCCAGAUGUGGAAGCGACGAUCAUCACCAAAAGAGCCACUAAGAAAGAGCCAGGAGAUCCAACAUUCGAGGCUGUCUUAGGCUUGGUCAAAGGGUUGUAUGGUCUUGGGGCGAGCUUCGAAAGCAAAUACUGAGGUACGAAGAAGACAUGCCGGGACGUGGCGUCUUCAUUGCGCCUAAAUGUCGGCUGUCCGCAUGAUUUCAAUGCUCGAUGACAUAGCACGAAGUCUAGAAGAGAGCAGGAAAGGACAUCCAUGGGUCUGCAGGGGAUGGAUAUCGAACAUGGGUACGUCAGUCAAGGUUAUGCUUUCAACUAGGC